CCGCGGCCCGGAGACAUUGCAAGAUGAAACCCACCGGAACGCGUCGGCCCGCUACGCUUCUCUCCUCCUCCUCCUCAGCCCUUACCAACCAAAGCAAACCUUCCCCCUCCUCCUCCUCCGGCCACCGCGGCGAGAGGCCCCGAUGGCGCCAACGGUGGAGAUCAGCCACCUCUCCUUCACCUACCCGGGCAUCGACGGCCGCCCGCCGCCCGGCGCGCCGCCGCUCAUCGAGGACGUCUGCUUCUCCCUCGACGCCGGCCACCGCUGCCUCCUCCUCGGCUCCAACGGCGCCGGCAAGACGACGAUACUGAAGAUACUGGGCGGGAAGCACAUGGUGGAUCCGAGCAUGGUGCGGGUCCUGGGCAGGUCGGCCUUCCACGACACGGCGCUCACAUCAUCUGGCGACCUCUGCUACCUAGGCGGUGAGUGGAGGCGCGAUGUUGCCUUUGCGGGCUACCAGGUAAAUAUACAGAUGGACAUUUCAGCAGAGAAGAUGAUAUUUGGUGUUGUGGGCGUUGAUCCUCAAAGGAGAGAUGAGCUUAUCAAGAUUUUGGAUAUUGACCUUGCCUGGCGCAUGCACAAGGCAUCCGAUGGUCAAAGGAGACGGGUCCAAAUUUGCAUGGGGCUUCUCAAGCCAUUCAAAGUUCUUCUUCUUGAUGAGAUCACAGUAGAUCUGGAUGUGUUGGCAAGAGCAAAUCUAUUGACAUAUUUAAAGAAGGAAUGCGAGGAACGGGGUGCUACAAUCAUCUACGCAACACAUAUUUUUGACGGACUUGAUGAUUGGCCAACACACAUUGUGUACAUUGCCCGUGGGAAGUUGCAACUAGCACUGCCUUUAGAGAAGGUGAAAGAAAUGAGCCAGUUAUCUCUCAUGAGAACAGUGGAGAGCUGGCUGAGGAAAGAGAGAGAUGAGGAUAGGCGGAGAAGAAAGGAACGGAAGGAGAAGGGCCUCCCAGAGUUUGACAAGGUUACUGAGGGGAGUCGGGUUAUAGGUGAUCCCGCUGCCAGAGCGGUGAACAAUGGGUGGGCAGCAGGGAGGCUCGCCUCAACGGUUGCUGGUGAAGAGAAUUUCAUUUUCAGCUCUAACAGCGUUCUUAGGCAAUAAUCCUACCCUGCAAUUUGGCUUUGUAAUGAUGAAUAACGAUCCUAUAGAUCCAAUAGAUCACACCAUCCCACAGGAGUUUUUGCAGUAACAGCCUAACAGGCUAACAGCAAAGUUCUUGUAUACAACUGCUCAAAGAUUAUUUUCAAAAAUUUCGCCUUCUUUUAUGUAUACAACUGUAAUUUGGGUUUCAUGAUCUGAUACUAGUUGCUGAAUAAGUCAAUAUUGUUGUAUAUCUAAUUUAUUUUCCUUGAUAAUAUGCAUAUAUCCAUUAUUUGCA